AUGGGGGCAUUAAAGGUGGUUUUUGGAGAUUGGGAUCCUGUGGGCCACAACCCUGAUAACAACACCACCAGAGUCAAGCUCCCAUCUGGUGUUAAGAAAAUUGUCCAAGCGGAGCCGGUGCCAAGGCAUGAGGAAAGGGCGGCGACGGGGGCAUAUGGAGAAGAGGAAGGGCGGCGGCUAAGGCUUGGGAUUUUUCUCGGUUGGGACUUAAGGUGCUCUGGGGAUUACACUAUUGUUAUCAGCCACAACCCUGAUAACGACACCACCAGAGUCAAGUUCCCAUCUAGUGUUAAGAAAAUUGUCCAAGUGGCGCCGAUGCCGGCACAUGAGGAAAGGGCUGCGGCGGGGGCAUAUUGGGAAGAGGAAGGGUGGUGGCUAGGGCUUGGGAUUUUUCUGGGUUGGGACUUAAGGAUUGUUUUCAGCAAUGAUUUAUCACUAGAAUUGCAAAUAUACCGGCUGGGAGGAGAGAUUAGUCAUGUGCUUGAUGAUGAGAGUGCAGUGGCCGAUGAUAAUGGUGAUAAUGAUACUGCUUUUGUUGAUUGGUUAUGGAUUAGAGCUCCAACAAUUGAGGAGGAGUCAAAGGAAUGGAAAAGAACGGGAGAAGAUAGCAAGAGUGAAGGAAUGAUGUUGUUCAAGAUCUUUGAAAUGCAAUUUGACCAGCAGGAUCAAAUGCGUAAGCGAAAAUCUGAGAUUUUGAUAUGCGAAAAACCCCUGCUGAAUCUCAGGUAUAAAUAUGUUGAAAAUAGUGAGAAAGGGGAAGGAAUUUCAGGGUACGAGGAACAAAGUUUUCAUUCCAUGUUGUUGAACCAGUAUAAAGAGCUUGAGAAGGGGUGUGAUUGCUUGGAGUUGAAGAUCAUAUUUGAUAGUAUUCUGAAAGAGUCACAAACAAAGAGUGACAUAGAAGAGAAUAGCAUAAACAACAUAUACAGGUUAACUUUAUGGUCAAGCUGGUCUUUCAAUCCUAAGCUGGUGCUGGUGCGGGAUUCAGAAACUGAAAUUCCACAUGCAAGAGGAGUAAAGCUUGGUGAAUUGUUGAAGCAGAAAGCAGAGGAAGGUGUAGCAGUAAGAAUUAUGGUUUGGGACGAUGAAACAUCCCUUCCAGUUAUCAAGAACGAAGGACUAAUGAGAACCCAUGACGAAGAUGCUUUUGCCUACUUCUCACACACCAAAGUAGUAUGCAAAUUGAGCCGGAGAUCGCACCCCAAAUCCCCGCCAAUCUUCUCCCACCAUCAGAAAACCAUAACCGUUGACACCCGCUCAAACAUUAGCCCCAGCAAAAGAGAAAUCACGAGCUUUGUUGGCGGAUUAGAUCUCUGCGAUGGCCGCUACGACACAGAAAAACAUUCCGUGUUUCACGCGCUCAAAACAGAAUCACAUUGCCAUGAUUUCUACCAGACAAGUAUUGCCGGAGCGAGCCUCGACAGAGGCGGGCCAAGGGAGCCAUGGCAUGAUGCUCACGCCUGCAUCACCGGCGAGGCGGCUUGGGAUGUUUUGACAAAUUUCGAGCAACGAUGGAGAAAGCAAUUUGACCCUUCUUUGCUAGUCCCCACAUCCACCUUAUCAAAUCUUCUCAGCAGUAUUUCCUCCGAGAGGAAUUGGAAAGUUCAAGUAUUUCGAUCAAUCGACCAUUUGUCGGUUACCCAAAUGUUCAAAAAGUUGACCGUUGAGCAGAGCAUCCAUGAAGCCUAUGUAGAAGCAAUAAGGCGAGCAGAGAGGUUUAUAUACAUUGAGAACCAAUAUUUCAUUGGUGGGUGUCGCUUGUGGGACAAGGAUCAACAUUGUGGGUGCAGAAAUUUGAUCCCCAUUGAGAUUGCUCUCAAGGUGGUGAACAAGAUCAAAGCGAAGGAGAGGUUUGCAGUUUAUAUUGUGAUGCCAAUGUGGCCAGAAGGGGCGCCGGAGAGUGAAGUUGUUCAUGAUAUUCUGCAUUGGACAAGAGAAACAAUGUCGAUGAUGUACAAGUUGAUCGCAGAAGCAAUAAAAGAAAGUGGAGAGCCGGGGCACCCCAGAGACUACUUGAAUUUCUUCUGCCUGGCAAAUAGAGAAGAGGAGGGUAAAGAGGAGUUUCAUCCUCCACAUUCUCCUCACCUUCAUCCUCCACAUUCUCCUCACCCGGGGACACAAUAUUGGAACGCUCAAAAGCAUAGGAGGUUCAUGGUUUAUGUGCACUCCAAGAUCAUGAUAGUGGACGACCUAUACAUUCUGAUAGGAUCUGCAAACGUGAAUCAACGAUCCAUGGAUGGCCAACGCGACACCGAGAUUGCAAUAGGAUGCUACCAGUCCAAAAACGGCGAUGACAAGAUGAGCGGCGGUGAUAUUCACGCCUACCGUAUGUCACUGUGGUUCGAGCACACCGGAGGCGCCGAGGAUUUGUUCCGAUCGGAGCCCCAAAGCCUGGAAUGUGUGCAGAAGAUGCGCUCCAUCGGAGAUCAAAUGUGGCGGAUUUACAGCGGUGAACAAGUGGUGGACAUGGAAGGUGUGCACCUGGUGACGUACCCUGUGUAUGUAAGACAAGACGGUUGUGUGGAGGAUUUGGGAGACAAUGAGGGUAAUUUUCCCGACACGACAACUCCGGUGAAGGGCCGAAGAUCAUUAUUGCUGCCACCUGUUUUUACUACAUAAUUACACGUAUACUCAGAAUUCAAUCUCUUAGAAAUUCAUUGUUCAAAUUUAGCCUAUUCUUAACCAUAUAUUGAUGUAAA